AUGAUCUCGGAAAACGGAUAUAUGGACCUGAUGCGGAACUGCAUCAAAUGGAACAGUCGGCAAAUGGAGGAUCGCAAAAAACGAUUGCGGUUCCCCUACUAUGAGCAUCAAACUGCCACAGCUCAAAGAGAAGCUCGUUUCGCCACUCGUACAGCAGAUCAUGCGUAUUCUUCGAAUGAUCCAAACUGUGUCAUGCAAUUUUCUACCGAGCGAUGGAAGAAGAGCAAAUCGCAUCAACCAUCGGAUGCAAUUGAGAUGAACAUGUUCUUAAGAGAAAACCCUUCGAUUCAAGUUGCCAUCGAUCAUCUUACUCCGCAAGCUCCAACCAGUACCAUGGUUCGAUUUGCAGAAAGUGUUUCGGAUAAUUCAAAUGAUUCAACAAGCGCCAGACCUUCUCGUCAAACCCAAAUCAAGGAGGAGUAUCGUGAGGACUAUGUCCUAGACGAUGAGCUCUCUCCUGAUGAGUUCGGAUCUGAUGAAGACGAAUGGUCGACGCGUGGAAAACGCCGCAAGGGGCAUAUGAAUACCAACCAAAAGGGACAUUCUUCAUCUCGCAAGAAGGUACCAACAACUCGUUCAUCAGCCUCCCGAUCGACCCCGUCCCGCACAGUUAAAGAAGUGAAAUUUGAGGAGCCGGAAGAGAAGAUGCAUCAGUGUGACAAAUGCGACGCGAAAUACAAGAGCCUCGCGGGUCUAAGCUACCAUCAAGCCUACUUGCACGAUAGAAAAACUAGUAACUCGUUGGACUCUCUACUGUCUCCUAGUGUCGAUAUAUCUACUAACUGUGAUUUCUGCAAUGGUACAAGCUACAUGAAUAAAAACUCUCGGUUGCCCGAAGACCUCGUUAGUUGUCAUGAUUGUGGACGGUCUGGUCAUCCGUCGUGUAUGAGCUUCAAUCAAAACGUAACCAUGAUUAUUAAAAGAAGCGGGUGGCAGUGUCUCGAGUGCAAGAGUUGCACCAUUUGUGGAACCAGUGAAAACGAUGAUAAAUUACUCUUCUGUGAUGACUGCGACCGUGGAUACCAUCUCUAUUGUCUUAAUCCGCCUCUCGAAAAGGCUCCUGAUGAUGAGUACUCAUGCCGUUUGUGUCAAAUCGAGUUUGGCGAUAAAGCGAGUGCUCCAGCGAAGAAAUAA